AUGUAUACGCCGCGGCUUGUACGGAUUCACAAGGGCCAGCGAGAAGGAUUGUGCCCAAUAUGUAUGGAGAAUGGCAUGAGGAUGGCAUUUUACCGACUGCGUGACUCCACGUAUGCGACGCAUCUUCAGUACACGCAUGGGAUUAGCGCAAAACGACGUCUACCUUUUGAUGCGCCGCUGGAUGUGCAGCAGCAAGGAUCAGUGUCGUCGCAUGGCAUGCAUACGUAUGCACUCUGCGGCCAAUGCAGCACAUAUGUGGACCUCGGAGUAGGAACACGCACGCACAAGGCACUUCGACGUGCAUGGUGGAAACACGCACACUCGUGCCAUACGUACGCGAGUGUGGAAACGCUGUCGCUCGCGGAGCAGUUAUCGCUUCUUGCCACUUGGUUCGCGCCGAUAUCUGUGCCGAUGCGUGGCGAUAUCCACCACGCCGGCCCCGCCGACCUUGUAACAGCGCGAGAACGAGAUCGAUUAGACUCUGUAGCCGCCUCCGCUAUGGAGUGGCUGGCUUUGCAUCCGGAGGAGGAUACGAAGUCGAGAGAAGCGCCGGCGCGCGCUUCGUCCCAGGGCGGUGCGUCUGCGGAGCCCACCCGCUCGCCUCAGGUCCUGGACGCGGACAUGUCACGACCUCUUCCUAGCCUUCCGAGUGAGGCGCGGCUGGCCGCGCCAAGCACGACUUCGUCUACGACAGGCGGGCGUACGAUGCCUGGUAGCACGGUCAGGCCUGUCUCCGCGUCGUCGACCCAGCGGAUGGACACGAAGGCGCCCACGCCAGCGGCUACCGCGUCGGUAGCCUCGCCGGAUACACCGUCGACCAACCCCUUCUUGCGCUCACCAGUGCAGCCGUCGUCCCAACAAGCGUCUCAGACCACGACCACGACCACCUCGAAGCCGUCGCAGCCGCCGGUGUAUGGAUACACAGGCAAGGCAUGGGAGCAGCCGUUGGAUUUGGAUCUGGUCACAGCGUAUGUUGUGCGCCUAAUCAAGAAGCUUCGUCAGCGCGGUGUAGAAGCGCCGAUGCUCUUGAGCUCUAUGGCGGUGGCCCUCUCGUCGUCGGACACGCAGCGUCUCCUGCAAGCUGUAAUCGAGUCGCUGCAGCGUCCCAGUGCGAAUGCCGAGAAGACACUGGACCAAGAGCUGCAAUUUGCCCCUGUCUAUUCUCUUGUGGCCGUGCUCAAGUGGAUGCUAGCGCGCCUUGGCCGCGUAGUAGCGGAACGUUCGCCGCCCAGUGAGGGGACAAAGCCGCUGGUGAUGUAUCGUGAGUUUGGCUUCGUGCCAUGGUCAGCGUACCUAGUCUGGCGGCAAGAGGAAGAAGCGGCGGCGUACCCUAUGGAUUCGUACAUCCACUUGACGCAGAUGCUCGAUGCGUCGGUUGGCCGCCUGCUGGAUGUGCUUAUGGACUUUUUCGCUCUCGUCGCGACGCACAGCAGUCAGAACCGUAUGAAGCCCAGUCAAGUUGGGCGCUACAUGGGUGUGCUACUCUUUGGAUUGCCGGAAGAUGCGAGCUUUGCCGAUACGUACGCGGGCUAUGUACGUGCGUCCAAUGCCACGGAGCACAUCUUGUUGGCGUUCAUGCGGUACCAUGUUUCUAUGGCCCCAUCGACAGCGAGUGUGCCACGUCGUCUGAUCCGUCUGAUUGGCCAUUACCCACACACGCUCUCGCCCAAUCUGGAUGCAUCGUCCACCUCCGUGCAAGUGGUGCCCGCGACGUACGUCGCACGCCAUGUGCGUGAGUACGCCUUGGACCUGGUGCAUCCAACGGCAUGGCCGUCGACGUUGCAUGGCCUGGACGUCGCGCCAGAGUCGCGGAAGCUGCUGAACAUGGCGCCAGGUCGUACGCCACGCCCACGCACGUCGAUACAUCGCGGCACGGAGAGUGCGAAGGCGGCAACCGGCGAUGGCCGUGUGUCGCCUGUGAUGCAGCGUUGGCAUGAGUUUGCGUUUGACGGCUUCGACGAGCUGGAUACGUCGUUCCUCGAUUUCCAGGUACGCGACGAAACGGAGGCGACGACCGAUUCUACGCCGUGGCACCAAUUUGAAAAGCAAGGUUUUCCGCAGCGGCCUGCGUCGUCGUGGGAUGCGCUGAUGCGUUUGGAGCAGCCGCCGGCUGAUGCCCCGGCGCUGGGCAGUGCGAGUGCACAGCCGAUGUCCUCGGGCGACCCGCAUAUGUACCAUGGUGUAGCACUGCCGUUUGAGUACAGCAGUGAGCCGCACAUUGCGCCCACCGUCAUGGACCCCCUCUUUGCGGAGGUCUGGGCGGACUACCUGGUCGCGAAUGGGUGGAGUGCACGUGAUGAACGUGUGCACCGAGAGGCCUCGUUUGCGGUGCUGCAAUUGUCGCAGGAGGCCAGCACGGAGACGCACCUCGAUGGAUCGCCACGUACGCAGCCGGCCUGGUACAUUGUGGAAGAAGUUGUGCCGGCCGACUACCGCGCGACACUGGAUGCGGCUGGUCGGAUGCAGCGGCAUUCCCUGCCGAUGCUGCGCAAGCUCCAUCAGUUCCGUAUGGUACGCGCUGGCCAAGCGCCGGAAUCGACCGUGGCAGUGACGUACGAGUUUGUCACCGAAGCCGGCGAAGUGGCACGGACCGAGCCCAUGACAGGUCUCGCACCCGUCCCGCCGACGUGGGAGUCGUCGUCGGCGCCUGCUGAAGAGGUGCCAACGACAUCCGACGAGGCGGCUACUACCAAAGAGGUGCCGAAGACCGUUCACAGGACGCCAACUCCUGCGAAAGAGGCACCGACGGCUACUACGGACAUUGCGGCCGGUGGCAUGGCCGCGGCAGCUGGUGCGGCGGCAGCAUCGGCAACGGCAGCGACACCGGUCGACGCUCGUAGUGAGCACAGCGAGACGCUAUCCACAGCGCCGACACACGAACCCGAGUCGCAGCCGCCGCUAGCAAAGGAGCGCAAGCCCGUUGCGGCGCAAACCACGCCGUCGAGUGCCCCAUCAGCAGCCCAGGCAACGCAGGCAGGUGCGCCACGUACGAUCAUUCGACCUGUCACAACCUCGACAGCGCCGGAAGUGAUAGCUGUUUCGUCGCCUGGCGCAACGGCCGUCGCCGCUACGCAGGAAACACACGCCAUGACGCCGGACGUCACAAAGGAGGCAGCAUUGGCCGAGUCUACGCGACCGCAAUCGCCUACGAAUGGGCGCAAGCCAGCGCGCAAGCCUGUGCCGAGCGUGCCGAAAGAGCUGAUGGACGAGAAGCCUGCCGAGCCCACGCCAGCGCACGAACCCGUGGUUGGAUUGUGGGCACAGUCCCCGGAACUGCCUCAAGUCGAAGUAAUGGACGCACUCAAACCACCAGCGGCCGAGCGCACUACCUCGCCAGCGUUGGCCCCAACCGCCGAGCGCGAGGCUCGGCGCAAGUCGACGUCGUCGCCUCUUGAGCAUCGCCGUUCGUUCCUGGGGAUCUUGGGCUCGCAUACGCCCUCGACACCAGGCUCCAGUAGCCCACGUCAUUCCUGGGCACCGUUUACGCAUCGUUCUCAUACGCCUGGUGGUAACGACGUCGCAGGUGCGUCGUCCCGCCCGACGUCGCCUGGGCCGAACAUGCCGCCUCAUCUGCUCGGGCAGCUAAAGAAGAAAUCGUCCGAGUGGAUCGUGAAGGGCAAGAAGAGUUUCUUGCACAUGAGUCACCUGGGUCACGAGCACGAGGCGGAGCCGACGUCCCAAGCAGCGAUGGCAGGUCGUACAUCGCGAAGCGGUCAAGACACCCCGACGCCGCGCAUGUCCUCAGCAGCGUCGCCUGUGCCCCCCACCCAGCCUGCGCCACACCCAGUGUCGCCCCAGCCCCAGGAGCCGUCACCACGACCGCAGCUGCAGCGUAUGGCCAGUCCAACGACGACGACCAAGGUGGUGCCCCCACCACGUGUCGCUUCGCCAGCACUGGAGCGAUCCAUGGAGGCCCCGCCAGCGGUGAUUGUGCCUGUAUCUCCACAUGUGUCACAACCUCGUCCUACCGCGGCGGCGGAGGACGCGGCUGCGCCUUCCACCAUGCCCAAUACCACAGUGGCACCUGUGGUGGCGACAGCGCCCACCAGCGCCGCCAACACUGUGCCAUCGCCGACACCCGAGGUCGUGGCUGUGCCGAUGACCACGACGUCACAAGAGGGCAAGGUAUCGACAAACACAACGUCCCUACCAGUGGCUACUAAAGCCACUCAGGCACCAAAGGACACUACGGCCGUGUUGGCUACAAGCCCUCCUGGGGAGGACCCGACGACCUCGACGUCUGUGCGAGGGGCCCCCUCUCCUGUCGUGCUUGCCAAGGCGGAAAAGACAGGGAAGGCAGAGGCCGAGGCCGAGGUUGUGCCUCGCACCACAGUGACGCCAGCGCUUUCGUCGCCCCCAAUGAGUGACAAACGCAGCCAGCACCGACGAAGCCAGCAACUCGACAAGCCCACGCCACCUUUGCCUUCCGAGGCGGUGAUGCCAUCCAUGACGUCGUCGCCACGCUCGCCUGUGUCACCGUCGAUGGCCAAUGAGGUUGAAUCGCCGCCUAUGCGUGUACCAUCCAGGUCACAAUACAAGCGCAAGGCGACGCAGAUCCCGAAACAGAGCGGACGUGUGAUGUACACAGAAGUCGCCGACUUGGCCCCACCACCUGGUCAGGAUGUAUACCACCUUCCUGAGCCAAUGCCGCCCAAGCCCGUGGAGAAGACCACCCAUACCUAUGCACCUGUACGCACUCGUGCACCGAAGCCGGAGACAGCGACAUCGCCGAAGUCGGACACGUCAGCGUACUCCCAAGCCUCCUCGGUGUUGCCUGCGAAUGGAGCUACGGGUGUGGCGCCAGCGGCGUCUACCCCUCGCACCACAGCGGAGCGGCCCAUGUCGCCUACCUGGCCCAGCAUGGCCCGCUCUCCUUCUUCGCCUGUGCCGCCAUUGCCACAGGAGGCCAUGCAGGCCAAGGUGGACGAGCCUUUGCCGACGGUCGAGGAACAGGCGGUAGACGAUCUGCCAGUCGCGAAGAAAGAGACGCCGGUCUCGGAAGAGGACACUCCCUCCAAGGACAAGCCGUCGACGGUGGAGACAGUGCCGGCGGCUGUGGAGGAGGUGCCGUCGGGGUGGGAGACCCAGCAGGCAGAAGCGCCGUCCACGGUCGAAGAUGUGCCGACUGGGCUAGAGACGGUCCCAGACGAGCUUGUUAAGCCGGGUCCGGCAGCGAGCGAGACGCCUCUCACUACAGUGGACGAAAAUGCACCUUUGGCCGUGCCGAAACAAACGGCGCCGACGUGGUCCAUUCAUGCUAUGCAUUCCUUGUCGCCAUCGCUGUUGGCCCCUAUCGCGCGCAGCCCAUCAUCGAUUGCUGUGCAGAAUGUAGCCGCGCCCUUUACGAUGAUGCCCCCAGCAUCGCAGGCCCCGACACACGCUGAACCGUCCAAGACGACGUCGCCGUCCACGGUGUCAGAAUCGGUACCGCCUGCCGUGCCUGCUUCAACCAAUCCAUUCCAGCGUGUUUUGGAGGCUCAGACGACGCAUGCGGCCCGCGGCCCUACCUCCGAGACCGCACCGCUCAAGUCCAAGAAGGAAGCGGCAGAGCAACAAACGACUUCUUCGUCGCGUACAGCCAGUUUCAAGCUGCCAAAACCGGCUCGCAUUGGCUCCAUAUCUGCGAAGUCGGUAGCCCCUGCCAUGUCUUGGACACUCAUGCCGCAGGCCAAGCCGCAGCCAUGGAAGUCGACAGAGAUACCGUCACCUGCGAGCACCGAUACGCCGAUGCAGCCAACCGUGGUGGACCAUGAUGAGAUUCCCAAUAUGGUGCCGAACAACACACUCCUCAGCCGCAUUUCGGAAGUAAGCAAUGAGGAUGCAUCACUUAAGCGGCACUCCUUGGAGUCGUAUACUUCGCAUGGCACUCAUCAUGUUACGGCGGAUACUAACGAGGUGAACGACCAUGUGCAUGCAGAGCACCCUAUGCAUCUUAACCAGCUUGGCAUCCCCAUUAGCCGUACGAUGGAGCGUAGGAUGUCGCAAGACUUGCCGCACGUUCCCGAAUCUACGACGCACGCCUCGGCAGCGGCGCCGGCGCCGGCGGCGGUGGACGAGGAAGCUGCCACGCCCACACCGCAGGCCAAGCCAUUCACCGAGGCGGAGCAGCGGACGAGUGCGGCCUUCUUGCAAGCGCAUGAGCGUGAGAUGACAUCCACGUCGUCGCAGGUGGAGGAAAGCGACGUGACAGCAGACACCUCAGGACCGAUGGCGGCCAUGGUAGCAGGCAUUGCGGCCGGCGUAGGCGGUGUAGCUACGACGGCAGCGGCUGUGGGUGUCGCAGCGCACUCCGCAGGCGAAGCUGUCCUUUCGCCCAACGUCUCGAAUACAGACACGCCGGAAGCGGCGUCUGAACCACGUACUACAGACCCAAUGAACGAUGCUACGUCCGCCACCCAGCCAUCGACCGCAUCGUUGGUAGGCGUCGAAGAGGCGCAGCCAUGGACGGCCAAAGAGUCGAACAGUGCCGAGGCACCUUCAACCAACACAGCCCAGGCCCCUAGCCAAACGAUUCGUACACCUACGUCGGACUCGUUCAGUCUAACAAGCACGAGGAAUGAGGUGAGCAAGGCGCCUGUGCCAGCGACUGAGUCGAUGAUGUCUGUCUCGACCAUUCCGUCGGUCGAGAAUGCGUCCAGUAUGGCACUGGCAGGUCAUGGCGAUCCAUGGGCUUCGCCGGCCAAGUCCGCGGCCUCCUCGGGCUUGAACUCGCCUGUGAAGGACCAGCAAAUUUUGGCAGGCUUUGCGCAGCGUUCAGGACGUUGGGCACCGACGCCAGCCACAUCGGCCUUGCGGUCCAAGGACGCUGCUGUAAGCACGGCCUCUGUGGAUGAGAACGGAACUGCGUCAGGCUACGUGGAGGAACACUUGUCGGCACGGAUGCCAGCUCAUGAGACGGGCGAACUCUCGACCUCGAGUGUGGGCGAUAGUACAGUGGGUCGCACGCAGGAGGAGGCGUCGUUUGCAACGGCCAAGAUAGGCCCCUCGCCUCGCGCGGAGAAGCGCGCGAACGUUCUCGAGGAGACGUCCACGGCUCAGCCAGAACCUAGUUCAACGGAAGUCAAUGCUACAGUGGAAGAGGACGAUGAUGAUUGGGAUACGGUGCCGCCACUGCGGCCCAAGACCACAUCAAUGCCCAGCAGUGGCAGCACCAUUAAAUUUGUGGAAAGGACGUCAUAA